UAUUUCACUAUUUCUAUUUCACAAAAUAAAAAUCACUAUUUUCUCAGUUUGGUCAGGUUUUGCUUAGUUAAUUAAAGCAACUACGAGAUGACUUAUGCAUUUCUAAUGCUGUUGUUGCUAACAGGAUUAGCAAUAUCCAACCAGUUUCAGCAUUUGAGUGAAUUGGUGCCGACAAAUGCUGAAAAUCUUCCCUUUCUUGCAGUUCUUUAUCUUGCCAAGUCAAAUAACUAUUCUGUUGGUGUUGUUAUUAGCAAUAAGUACGUGCUGGCUUCAACGAAUCCAUCUGCAGAUUAUUCAGCUGUAACUGUAUAUCUAGGAUUUGCUCAUAGCCCAGCUGACAACAAAAACUAUCAUUAUUCCAAGGGAUGUCGAAUUAUUGAAGCCAAAAGUGUUUUAUGGGAGGAAGAUGUCGGAUUAGUAAAAUCAACUGGUUCUCAUAUAAGCGAACUGGUUCUAAUCGAGCUUGAAGUUCCAGUAGAUUUUUCCGAUACAAUCCAACCUGUUGUUUUGCCUGCCAGAAACGAUUUUACUCUACAAACAGGUGCAAGCUUAAAUCUCACAAAGUUUAAUCUCGAGUCAGCUAAUGGCACGCCAGAGUUUGCGAUAGUUCAACUGCGAACUCUGCAAAAAUGCAAGUUGUUUUUCGGCAGUACUUUUGAGGAAACUGAAGAGUUCUGUAUAAGAACGGCCUCUUCAGUUCGACCAGCUCUCGAUGAAUUUCAGUUCAGUCAUCUUCCGAUCAUGUUGGCCCAUUCAUCUGCACGGCAAUUCCCAAUAUAUAGUAGCAGCAUCCCUCGAGAAUAUACUAUCAUCUAACGGCUCUAACUGUGACCUAAAAGCGUCCUAAGUGGAUGGAAUUUGCAAAAGUGAUGCCGGAAUUCACUUAAAUUCAAUAUCCACACCUUGAAAGGUGGUAAAGGUAUGUGGUUUGGGCUAAUAUGAGGAAGAUAAUAUACAGUGCGU